UAGGCCAGCGUUGCCAUAGAAUAUUUUUACAAAGAUUAAAAGUUACACAGUGGUUUCGAAGUAAAAAAAAUAAUUUUUAAAAUAAUUUUAAUUAAUAAACUUUUGAUAAAAAAAAAUAAUUAAUUAAUAAUUUUUUACGUUAGUUGGUUUGAAAUUUUAUAUUUUAUAAUAAACUAAUUUCACUUACUGUGCUGUAGUUUGGCAAUAAUCUAACCAACUUUCUGAACACUACAGUAUAGUUAUAUAGUAAAAUCAUCAGCUAUUUCGUUUCAAUGAGAUUUUUUUUUCAUUAAAAGUGAAUAGUGAAUAAUUAUUAUUAUAUAUCGUUAAGAGUUGGAACUUUUUUAAAUAUUCAAGGCGCACAUUGUCAUCAAUUAUUGAUACAUAUUCAAAUCAAUUAUAUAAAAAUUACAGUUUUUUGUAUUUAAAAUAAGACAAAUAAAGUUAAAACUUAAUUGUUACUAAAUAAAAUUAAAAAAAAAACACAAAAAUAAAGAAACAAUGCAAGCCAUUAAAUGUGUUGUAGUUGGUGAUGGUGCUGUCGGUAAAACAUGCCUACUAAUAAGCUAUACUACAAAUGCUUUUCCUGGUGAAUAUAUACCAACUGUGUUCGAUAAUUAUUCAGCAAAUGUUAUGGUUGAUGCAAAACCUAUUAAUUUAGGUUUAUGGGAUACAGCUGGUCAAGAGGAUUACGAUCGUUUAAGACCAUUAUCAUAUCCUCAAACUGAUGUAUUUUUAAUUUGCUUUUCAUUGGUAAAUCCUGCAUCAUUUGAAAAUGUUAGAGCAAAAUGGUAUCCUGAAGUACGCCAUCAUUGUCCUAGUACACCAAUUAUAUUGGUUGGUACUAAAUUGGAUUUAAGAGACGAUAAAAAUACUAUAGAAAAAUUGCGUGAUAAAAAAUUAGCACCAAUAACAUAUCCACAGGGUUUGGCUAUGGCGAAAGAAAUUGGUGCCGUAAAAUAUUUGGAAUGUUCAGCUUUAACACAAAAGGGUCUGAAAACAGUUUUUGACGAAGCUAUCAGAUCGGUACUAUGUCCUGUUUUACAAGCAAAACCGAAACGUAAAUGUACAUUAAUAUAAAAUUUAUUCAAAAUAAAGAAUAAAAUGUGUAAAGCCAAUUAAAAUUGAAUUGAAUUAAAAAAAUAAUCUUAUAAUAAAAAUGGAAAAAUUAAAGUAACUAUACAAAAUACACACAAAAAAAGGAAAUAAUUAGAAAAAUAAUUUCUUGAAAUAAAAUGAAUAAAUAUUUAUUCACAAUAUCUUAUUCAUAAUAUUUCUAUAAUAAUGCAAAAUUCAUAUAUUGAACACAUAUUAAGAAUAAUUAAAUAAACCGAAAACUCAAAAUAUUUGUAAAAUUAUUGCUCUGAAGUUGAUACUAACAUUUAAGAAAGUUUAAAAGAAAAUUUUUAUUUGUCAACAAAAAAUAUUAAAAAAAAAAAAAAAAAAUGAGAAAUUUUUUUAUAUAAACUUGCAUAUAUCAAAAAUUGCAAGUAUUAAAACUUCAACACUACAAAAAUUUAAUUAUAUUAUAUAUUAAAUAUAUAGUAAAACAAAAAUUAAUUAUUAUAUAUUAUACAGACCUUUCCAAAUUUCAUUAUAGUCUCACUUUCAUUUUUAUUUUUAACCGAUAAUUUUUUUAAAAUUUAAUAAAUAAAGUAAUUUUUUGAAUUUUAAGAAAAAUCUUUUUAACUCAAAUUAAUUCAUAUGCUUGAAAAUAUAUAUAUAUAUAUAUAUAUAUAUAUAUAUAUAUGUGUGUGUAUAUAUACAUAUAUAUAUAUAAAUUAUGAAACGUAUCAUAGAUAUAGUUGAACUUAACUCAAAAUCUUAUAAAACCUACUUAGCAGAUAAUCAUGUAAUAUUAGUAAAGUUUUAUCAAUUAUACUGUUAAAUCAACAAUUUACAAUAAGUAAAAGUGAUGGUGAGAACAAUAUUUGGAAAGGUUCAAAAUAAACUAUGGUCGUGAAUUUUUUUGUAAAUAAAAUAUUUUUUUUUUCUUUCAUAUUUGCGCUUUUAUAACAGCAUUUUAUUAAAUAUUAUGUUAAUUAUUAAAAAAAAAAAAAGAAAAGAAACGCAAAAAUAUAAUUUUAUUAAGCUAAAAUUUUUUAUUUUUAUUCAAAAAGAAAAAAUAUAUAUUUGUAGGUAAUAAAAUUCAAAUUUUUAUAAUUUUUAGUUAAAAACAAGUAGGAUUAAUUUUUCUUUGUUUUUUUAAAAAGGAAUUUCUUUUAUUGUUAAAAAACGCCUAAUAAUAAAUAAACACAAAUGUGUUUAAUUUACACAAAUAUUUUUUCUUUAAUAACGAUAUAAUCAAGGUAUAUAAUCAAGGUUUUUAAUUAUUUUUUUUUUCUAUUGCAUAAAUAUUUUUGAAAUAGUAAAAUCAAUAAUUUCUAUAAGCUUUUUUAAAAUUUUGCCACCAUAAAAAUGAAGUAUAAACUAAGUUAAAAUAUGAGUUCUUUCAAAUAUUUAUUCAAAUCAAAAUUAACAACUGCAAAUUGGAAUUGACAUCUUCAAAGAAUUUGUUAUAAUAAUUUGUUAUUGAAAUGAAUAAAUAUUUCUUAAUGGUACAUUAAGAGUAAAGAAUUUCUAAAUACUUUAUAUUAAAUCUCGUAUAUCGGAGACGUAUUUAUUUUUUAUUUAAAAGAAUAACUUUCUUGUACAACUUU